AUGGAUCGCUGUAUCGUGCCUGUCGAGCCAGCUAGCGGGUGCGGCGAACUCGUGGUCAUCGAGGUGCAGCAGCAGGGCGCUCACGAACUCGAUGUUCGACUUGUUGGCUGUGAAGGCGAGAAUCCAUAUGUGGUGCAGAUCAAACAAAGCCAGCUUCCAAAAUUAAAACACAAGUUCAAAGGCACCAACGCCGAGUGGGAGGCCGUCCUAGCUCACUUUCUCCUCCAGAAAGAAUUGCGGCCCGACCAAGCCAAUUUAUUGGAAGGUACUCGCAUGGUCUGCACCUUGAAGAAGGAUAAUCUCGAGCUCUCCAUCCGGCAGGAUGUCCAAGGAAUCAAGGUCACUUGGGGUGAGAUCGUAUUGCCCAGGGAUGACGAGUUCGAGUUCAACCCAUUCGAGUGGGCUCAAGCAUCAGCCCAGGCCCAUACGAAGACAUUGCAAGAGCUGGCAGAAGUAAAGGCGCGAAUCGACAGCGAAAAGGAGACCAUUGCCAAGCUCAAUGCUCAGCUCGGUGACUUUAUCAAAACUAAGAAUGAAGCAGAGACAGCAAUGCUGCAGCAGUUCAUGGAGCUGCUCAACGAGAAGAAGAGGAAGAUUAGAGACCAGAGCCGUCUGCUAGCUACAGCCAAGGUCGACAAGUCGACAGCUCUCGCUAUGCAAUCGACCAGAGCGGAGACCCCACGCAAAGCAGGUCCAUCUCGAACCUCGAAACGCAAGGCGCCUGCACGGGCUGCAAAGGUGAUACCGGAGGACAACUCGGACAGCGACGAGGUGGAGAUCGAAAAGGCCAAAGCUGAGGCGCAGAACGAUGACGAAGACGCCUCUGUGCCAGCCACGCCAGAACGGUCCGAUGCUGAUACGGAGUCCGAGGCUGAAGCUUCUGACAGCGGCCUAGUAGGCGGGUCAUCUGAGACGCUCAAGUCGAGUUCAAUGGUCGCACAGCCCACAAAAGAAGCUGUCCCAUCACAGUCAAGUGACGGUCCGCCUCCACCUCGUGCCCUACCGUUUGGAAGGGCAGGCACGCGCAGCACAGGUCCCGCCAGAAAACCGUCGCUGCCCCCUCCAGCAGACGACGAUGAUGACGAGACUGAUGAUGAGGAGUUGUGA